CAAAUUUAAUGACAUUUAAGAUGCUGCGCAAGAUAUUUAGCACUCAAUUGAAAUUGUGUGCACAAGCGAUAACUUCGUGAAUAUGGUGAAGUUACUGGAAAAAGUAUGUUGCAUGCGCCUUCGCACUGCUGGUUUUGUUAUCGGCUGGCUCGGUGUGUUGGGAGCCGUUAUAGGAUUCAUUAGCUCAGCCUGUGUUAUAGCAUCUCCUGAUGCACUCCUUGAUCAUAUUAGGCGAUAUUAUGAUAAUGUGUAUAAUAUUCGUCUUAAUGCGGAUACCCUGGCUAGCAUUCGUAAAGAUAUUGUCCUGAUCACCAGUAUCUACUUAGCUGCUGAUAUAAUCGCUGGUUUGAUUUCAGGUUUGCUCAUUCACGGUACAAAGAAGAAUCGCUAUUUGAUGAUUUUGCCCUGGUUGAUUCUAAAUGGCAUAGGAUUGAUUUGUAGUAUUUUAUAUUUAUUAGUUGCCAUAUAUUCGGUGUUCCAGGGUACAUUGGAGACUACUAUAAUUUUUAUUGCAUCGCUAUUGUUCUUCGUUCUUUAUUACUACAUUUAUUGGGGUAUCUACUCACUGUAUAAACAUAUUCAAAUACACAAGAUUACUGGACACACGAUCUAAAAGUUUUGUUUUUUUCAUUUAAUAU